UGUCCAAAUUACUAGUUAUUUUUAUCGAAAGCUCACCGAGUUAUUAUCGAGAGGUACCGGGAAGAGAGACAGAGAGUCCAUAGGGAAGGAAAUUGUCUCUGGCUCAAUCCAAUUUUCAUCCCCCUAACAAGAGCUAUUUUCCUUUUUCAAAAUUUUCUCAUUCGAGAUGAGAAUGUUCAAUUCUUGGUUGAAUCUAUUCUGGAUAUUCUUGCACGUUUUUAUUUUUCAAUUCUCGCCCAGAAUUUCCGCCAUCAGGAAGGAUAUUGGGUUUCUAGAGAAAUCCAUUUGCAGAAAUACUGUACAAGGAAGAUAUUUGCUCUCUGAUGAUAAUGGCCGUGUAUGUGAUGCUUUAUCAAUGGAUCCACAGUCUGGCUGCUGUCCUGGAAAAGCAGAGAAAUUCUCUUGUCAUGGAUGCAACCUUCUCUCGCAAUGUUGCAACUCCUAUGAGUUUUGUGUUUCGUGCUGCCUAAAUCCGUCACGGACACAAAAGGAACAGGUACUGAAGGUGAAAAUUGCUAAACAAGCAACUGCAGGAACUUAUGCUGGUGUUUUUGAUUUCUGUGCUGGAAGGUGCCGUCAUAAUUCUGAGAGCGUGGUUCAUGAAAAUGCUUACCUUAGUGAUUUCCAUCACUGCUUUUCUCUUCCGUCAAAUUCUUCGGGGGCCAGUAAUACACAACUUGAAGGAAGACUAAAUGGAAUUAACGUUAUUGUUGGAAGACAAAGUGAGUCAUGCGAUUCAGUUUGCAAGUCAAAUGGGCAAUCGUGCGUCCCAAAUAAGCUUUCGGUGCUGAAUCAAUGUGAGAUUAUGCAGAAAUAUAUGACCUGCAAAGGAGCUUGCUUGGCAAGUAUGGGAGCAGAUCAACCUGCAGAAGUUGUUGAUGAUGCCCCUAAAAAUAUGAAUCCUGGAGCAUGCUUGUUUACUCGAGCACAAGCGAUGCUUUCUUGUGAUGGUUCACAUCCAUAUACCAGGCGACUUUGCCCCUGUGCAUAGUGCAUCUACUUGGGUUGGACAGAGGUUGAGGAGCAUUUUGCCCCUUUCACUUCUGUUAAAUUGAUGAAUGCAGACUAAUAAUAAUCUUAGCUUGAAAAAGGAAAAAAAGAAAAAAAGAAAAUCAGUUUUGUCAAGUACAGUUGAAGCAUGGAAAUGAUUUUCUUGAGACCUACAUAUUUGCUGGAAAGGUUGUCAAUGAUGUGGGUGAGAAACUGGUAGUUUAUUUUAUGAACUAGAUAUUCAUUUUCUUAUCAACUGAUUAAGAUGUUUAAUCCAUAAAAAUUAUACAUAGGGCUGGUGUGUGCCAAAGAACUUUCUUAUUGCAGUUGAGGCUUUUUAUUUUCUUGCUUCAUUUUUAUCGAAGACAAUAGUUUCUGCUCAUGUAUCGUAAGUGUCAAAUGUGUAAUAUUCGUAAUGUGGAAGAUA